GAACUAGAAGAAGUGCAGAAGCUGUUAAAAAAGGAAACAAUGGACUUAGAGCUGGCAUGUGCUUCCAAGGAGAAAGUGGAGGCUGAGCUCAAGAGGUUCCCAUCCUGUGAAGAGGUCACCGAGUGGGUAAAGGUGGUCCUCAAAAUGACAUCCCCACUGGCUGACUUAACCGAUAUGGAUGUGAAAUCUCUCCUAUCCAUGGUGACGAUGAAAGACAUCCAGGAUGCUGUGGAUAAGACGAGGGUUGAGCUCUAUAAAAUAGAGAGGAUGGUGGCAAACAAAAGGAAGGAGGAGGCUGAAGAAAGAGGGCAGAUGGAAAAGCACAUCACCAGUGAACAGCUGAGGAUACAGGGGUUGAUGAGGCAGUUAUCGGACUUGAAAGCUGAACUUGCACAGCGAGAGGAAACCUGCAAAUCUCUGGAAAUGCAGGUGAACAUCACAGAAGAACCAGAAAUCAAAGAUGACUUGGCCACUAAAAGCCGAGCGAAGCCUCAAAGAAAGGGACGAAAAAAAGCUGUUAAAUCUACUGAAAAGUUUCAAGACACAACAAACAAAAGUGAAUCAGCAAGGAGUAGAAACUCAAAUGCUCUGCAAACCUUAGCAGAAGAGGAACCAAACCUGUCUGGAGCUGCAGCAGAGCAGCAGAAAAAGAUGGUUAAAGCAGCCAGAGUGAAAAAGGAGAAAGCUGAAGUGCAUGAUUUAAAUGCUCAAGAGUCAGUACAGCCUGUGAGAGGAAGAAGACGAAAGCCUGCUGGAACAGCUCAGACCACAGUUUCCCAACAGAAAAAUCAAAGUAAAGUGAAAACUGGGGAAGCUGAGGCGCCCUCUUGUGGCAGGAGGAGAGCUGCUCCAGCUGAUGCUGCAGAGGAGGCACAAAGCGAAGGUCCAAGGAGGUCAAAGAGGAUCGCCAGUAAGAAGUGA